AUGGAUCCUCGAAAACGUCGUUUCCCAAUUCUCCGCGUGGACAACUUGGUGUUUAGAAAAAUCAUCUCAAACAUUGCUCCGUAUGACCUUGUAUCGUUUGCUCAAUCUUCUCGACGUUAUCAAAGAGUUAUAAAGGCUAACAAGUCAAUAUUCCAACAUUUAAAUAUUGCAAUAAUCUGCCACGAGAAUAACCCUGCAGGAUUGGAGCUCAGUUUUAUAGAUUAUUCGGGGGAGGACGAUGAAUCUGAACAUUCUGACGAUGAAAAUGAUGAAAACCAAGAUUUACACACAAAGACCGAAAUUGGUGAAAAGAAACCAAUGAGCACUGAAGCCUCCAUUCUGUAUUUUGACUUCUUUGUUGAUCUAUUAAUCAAAGAUAAUAUCAUUUCAUAUGUAUCAAUUUUUGACUGGACUGGCGAUUUGAUCAAAAUAUUUGAUUGGAUUUCGACUCGACAAGAAUCAGUGAAACAAUUUGAACUCUAUAUGAAUCAUAUUAAGGACAGCGAUCUCAAUCAUUUUUUCGCAAUUGUCAAAGUAACCGAUAAGCUUGAAAUGAAUGUUCUGCCCAGUUUGGAGUAUCGGGCCCAAUGUUACCAACAAUUGGAUACCAUCGAUUGUCAGAAUGUUUUUUGGUGGCGACUGGAACACUUUUUGAUGUUUGAUUGUAAGAAGAUCAUGCUCGAAGACACACACUUGACCAACGACAACAUUGUGUGGCUUCUUGAAUGUUGGUUGGAUGGUUCCGGAUUAAAAAUUCUCAAAAAUAUGGCAAUCGAUGGGAACAACUUGAACCGGUCGAUUAUAGUCAGCAAAGUGAAACACAUUCUACUGGACAGAAAAGCGAUUUCAGCCAUGUCUGGAUCGGUCAUCACUGAGAUCGCAAACGGAGGAGCAGUGAUAGAACGUAGCGACGGUGUCAAAGCCGUCAUUCCUUUCAUUCAACCUGGUCGCGUGCCUAUUCGUCAGUUCGAAUUAUAUGUUCUCGACAAACCAAACAAGCACGAAUAA